AUGUCUCCGCAGCGAUCGACGCAUCUGCUGCUCCUCAGCUGGCCCCGAUGGUUCGACUGGAUAUUCCGCUUCAUCCGACCUCUCCUUUCGGAGUCCACCAAGAGCAAGAUGACCUCUUGCACGGCGAACAGCGUGUACGAGACGCUUCUGUCGAAGAUCGAUAACGACCAGAUACCCAAGGAGUACGGAGGGGCGUCCGAGUACGCGCUUGGGGAACACCCUUACGAGGUGGACAUGAGGAACGGUGCCCUGAAAGUUCUCGAGGAGAAGGGAAUUGAUAUGGAGCCUGUGCUGUAG